GACUUCAAGAUCAUGUCCCAAGAAUUCUAUGGUCAGUAAUAUUUCACUGUCUCUGGGAACUUUUCGCAACAAGGUUAAUGAGCUCCAAAAGUCAUCAAAGGAACCUGGAACAUCUGUAAGUACUUUGGUACUGGAAAACGUAAACCCCGAAAUUGUUCAACAACCGGCUUGCACAACAAAAUCAGUGAACAGUGUUCUAGAUGCUACAGACACGAUAGAUAUAGAUUUUACGUGUAAUGAAAAAAAUGAGAAAGGCUCGAGAGAUUACUUGGUUCCGAGUAUUGAUGGUACUACUGUAAUUGUCGACAAUUGUCUGCCACUGCACAAUGGUAAAUCACUUUUGUCAGAUUCCUCGGAAUUAAGCACGGACACGUAUGUACACGAUACCCAGAAAAAAAGCGACGAUACAGUGAUUUUAGGAGGUAGUUUUAGUCGCCGACCACUUAUAGGCAUAUCGUUUGCUCUAACAAACAACGGGGCUGUUGAUGUAAACUCGAAAAGCUGCGCAAUCAAACGUAUCGUUUUCAAUUACGAACAUAAUAAUGUUAACGUUAAUUGUGACUUAAUUGAAAAUUCGAAAUCGUUGAGCGAUUACGAAUUUGAUGAUAUGCAUAAAAGUGUCACGGACGAGACUAAAAAGGUUUUAGUUAAUUUAGAAAUUAGAAAAAGACCUAACGUAGAAGACGAUACGGACGACUCUAGAGUUCUAAUUUUGAAAACAAAUGCCAUUGAGAAAUUCGGACAUGUCACUGUCCAGCCGCCAAAUUAUAAAUUAGAGAAACGAAAAAUUAUUUACGACAGUUGGAAAGGGAAUAAAAGAAGAUUACUCGACGCCACGUUGAAUAAUGGAAAUUUUGCGAGUACUAAAUUGAAACAGAAAUCGAUUCAUGAUUUCCUCCCUAAGAUUGUUAAUGUUUUUAGUCUAAAAGGGGAAGAUACAAAUGCUGAUCAAAUAGAAAAUGUGGCUAGUGUGAGGGCGAUGAGUAAGAAUUCUUGUGUCGGUGAUACCAAUAGAAGGACGCUGUGCAAAGUAAACGACAGAAACAAUGAAUCUCCAAGAUCCGUUAAAACUACGUCUAUAAGACGAGAGAUUAUAUCUCCGCGGAGUCAAGAUGUCAAAAUAAUAAGAACCGAAACACCUCAUGUACAAUCUGCUAAAGUAAGAAAUGAAAGCGCAAGCGCCCACUGGCCCAGGAAAGGAAUCGAGACACUAAAUUUCAGUUUACCAGCAAAAUCUAAAUCCAAUCGUACAUCGAUUUCUCCAAGAAGUAUACCACAUCAUAAAAUCGUUGCAGGGACUUAUUUCGCGGUUGAUGCAUUUUCAUAUGGGGACAUACCAAACGUGAAGCAUUAUUUUCUGACCCAUUUUCACUCCGAUCACUACACUGGUUUGAAGAAAAGCUUUAAUAAACAACUAUUCUGUUCAAGAAUAACAGCGGAUCUCUGUAUCUCACGGCUAGGCGUGAACCCGAAGAGCAUUCACGUUAUAAGCAUCGACGAAACGAUCAGAAUCGACGGCGUCGAAAUAACGGCUGUUGACGCUAAUCACUGUCCCGGGGCCUUGAUGUUAGUGUUUACGCUGCCCAACGGGAAGACGUUGCUACACACUGGCGAUUUUCGUGCAUCGCACACCAUGGAGUCGUACCCUAUAUUUUGGAAUAAGGAUAUUCACACCGUCUAUUUGGAUACGACUUAUUGCAAUCCACGUUACGACUUCCCUACGCAAGAUCAGAGCUUAGAAAUGGCUUUACAGAUUUUGAAACAGAAGAAGACGAACUUGGAGAGUGCCGGGAAAAAGUUUUCAUCUGUGCUUAUCGUGUGCGGUACUUAUACGAUAGGUAAAGAAAAGUUUUUCCUCGGUAUCGCUCGUCGCGUCGGCUGUACGGUCUGGGCGUGUCCCGAAAAAGACAGGAUCUUAAAGGUCGUCGAGGGACAAAGCUUCUCCCACUCGCCUCCGCAAUCUUGCCAGCUACAUGUGGUGCCCAUGAGGGAUCUUACGCAUGAGAAAUUACGGAGUUAUCUGGACAGCCUCAAAGGUACAUUCAGUGAGGUUGUGGCCUUCAAACCCAGUGGAUGGGAAAACGGAAAGAAUUCGUGCGUUGAAAAGGACUUUGUCACUAUACACGGUAUUCCAUAUAGUGAACAUUCGAGUUUUUCAGAAUUGAUAAGAUUUAUAAAAUUUUUGAAACCGAAACAAGUCGUGCCCACUGUUGAUAUAUCUGGCGGGGUCAAAGCUGUUCAGAAAUACUUUCCCUGCCCUCUGGUUAGCAAGGACGACGUAGCCGUCCAGAGCAAAGUUACAGAUUACUUUAGUUUACAAAAUCGACAGCAGGUCCCGGCUGUAACCUGAAUUUGCAUGAUCUCAAAGUUUUUAAAGAUGUUUAAGCUGCCAUACUGUGAUGUAUUUUUGAUAUUGUUAUAUUUUAGGUUAAUUUUAUGAACUGUUUUAUUUAUUUUGUAAUAAAAUUUGUCAUUUUUA